AGUAAGAUAACAGACAUGAAAGCAGUGUCUAUUGUCCAUCCCCUUACUUUCCAUUGAAAAGAAUGUGAUGUUACUGGUUAAAAAGCACUGCUGUGACUUAUAGCCAAUAUAACUAUCCCCUGUAGUGGUGGCCCUCAUAUCUUGCAACCCAAGUGGGAUAAUUUCUUUCUUUGAUGUUUUAAAACUGUACAAGAAAGUUAAGAUUUGAUCCAUCCUUUUAGCUCUUUCAUGUGGAAAAUCCUUUUCUUGGUCCGCAGGAAUAGACCUUUCGAAGGUGAAAUUGUUACAUAGUUCCAGUCCUUCCGGUUCGCUAUUCCUUGAGCUGAGGGUCUGUCGGAAACAACCUUUCAACCUUUAUAAGGUAGAGAAACAAACUCUAUCAGAAAUAACCUCCGCACCUUAUAUAAGGUCUACGUACACACUGCCUUCUAAACUACCUCCGUACCUUAUAUAAGGUCUGCGUACACACUACCUUACGUACCGGUGUAAGGUACGGAGACCUUAAUCUUAAUUUGCUUUCUGAACUAGUUUUAACAAGUUUGUAGUAGAUCUUUCGCAAUUAAAGCUUAUGCUAACUAUCUUUUUAACGUCAUUUGAAGCGAGUUUUUAUUCAGCCAGUUGGUUACUUAAAGACUAUUUUCCUCUUUUCCCUCUAUGAGUUUGUAUGGCAAGGAAAAUACCUGGUCCCAUAUCAGGUAGUAUGCUCUGCUAACUAAAGAAUAUUGAAAAAGGAAUAGUAAUAGUAUUCUUAUAUGAAUAAGAUGAAUUAUUCUGUGUCCCCAUAUUGUUCUCUGAAGAUGCUUGGAUACAAGUUUCUAAAAGCAGCAUUAGAUGCCAUCAACACUAAACAGUUAGGCUCAAAGAGUGAAAAAAUGAAUUAGAUGACAAUGCUGCAGGAAGGGGAAUCAUUUCUGUUUGACCCCCAUCCACAAGAUGCUCACCACACUACUUUUUAUAUACUAAAAUGGAAAGUUUGCCUAGAUUAGUGGGUUGACUCACAUGUUAAAUGUUCUAAAGACAAGUUAAUAAGCCAAGGAAUAUUAAAUGGAUAAAUAUUCUUAAUAUGCUUAGGAGUGGAGAAUAGGAGUCUUGUCGUAACUGGUAAAGUUGCUUCCAUGUGACCAGGAGGUCAUGAGUUUGAGCCGUGGAAACAGCCUCUUGCAAUACAGGGUAAGACUUCGUACAACCGACCCCUGUGGUACGGACUUCCCCGGACUCCGCACAUAGUGGGAGCUUAGUGCACCAGGCUGCCCUUAUGCUUAGGAGUGGAGAUACAAAGGUUGAUCCCUUAGCUCAUUGGUAUCGAUGAAUUUGUUAAUCCCGAAACUAAUUCACAAUGAGUUUGUUAUGCUGGAAAGGAUCAGUCAAAAGGAAGGAAAUAGUGUAGUCUUUCAAACAAAGAAAAGGAGAAAAUGAUAGAGUAUAUGAUGUUAAAUAAAAUGUCAACUUUUUAGGUAGAUUAAAAGCAUUGAUGUGAUUGCAGGAAUUAAUCCCUUCUCUGUAUACACUUUUCACUCCACUAAAGUUUAUGUGAAACUUUAAAUGUCUAUCUCAGCUUCAGGUUUAAAAACACAUGAUAAUUCAAAGAAGAGGCAGUUCAGGAGAAGUAAGUUAAAGGGUCCAUUGAAAGGGAAAAGGCUCAGAUGAAGAGCUAUGUGGAAUGGUACCCUAUUUUUAUUAUGUUGGCAAUUGAUUUUGCUUUUGCCAUUAGUAAUAUACUUCUCAAGAAGAUUAUAUUGGAUGGAAUGAACCAUUUGGUCUUCAUUACUUAUCGACAGUCCAUUUCGACCAUAUUUUUAGCCCCAAUUGCCUUCUUUCUGGAAAGGAAUACUAGACCAAAACUCACCCCUCAAAUCUUGUGUAACCUUUUCUUGAGUGCUAUUGUUGGGGCAUCUCUUACGCAAUACUUAUUCCUUCUUGGAAUAGAAUACACAUCUGCAACUUUCUCAUGUGCUUUUGUCAACAUGGUUCCUGUGAUCACAUUCCUUAUGGCGUUACCUUUUGGGUUAGAGACUAUCAACAUCAAACACGGAAGUGGAAUAGCCAAAUUGAUUGGUACAUUAAUAUGCGUUGGAGGUGCCUUCAUACUGACUUUUUACAAAGGCAUCCCUUUGAUUCAUUUUUCAGACCUACAAUAUGUAUCUCCAUCCUCGGAUGCUGCUAUUAGUUCCUCGAAAAUAAAGGAAAGAUGGAUUCUUGGUUCUCUGGCGUUGUUUGCUGGGACGUUUUUGUGGUCAUCGUGGUUCCUUCUUCAAUCCUUUAUUGGAAAUCGAUAUCCAUGCAAGUACUCUAGCACUGUUAUCAUGACCUUCUUUAGUGCCAUACAAUCGGCUAUCUUAACUUUGUCUAUCGAUAGAAGACUAUCCAUGUGGAUUCCAAGGGAAAAGAUCGAUAUGUUGACUAUCAUCUAUGCUGGAUUAAUAGGUUCAGGAAUGUGCUAUGUGGGAAUGUCAUGGUGUGUGAAGAAGAGGGGUCCAGUCUUCACUGCAGCAUUCAGUCCUCUUGUCCAAAUUAUGGCAGCCAUGUUCGACGUUCCCAUUCUACACGAACAACUACAUCUUGGAAGUGUAAUUGGAUCAGCUAUUGUAAUUGCCGGUCUAUACUUUCUGCUUUGGGGCAAGAACAGAGAAAUGCAAAAAGUUGUCCAUGAAACUGAAGAGAAAAAGGACAAGGAGCUAACCUUUAAAGAUUUAGAAACCAAUUCUGAAUCCAGGAUCCCUUAAUGUCAACUUUGUCAACUUUCUCUAGAAGUAUUUCAAUAUGUAUUCCAUAUGAACCGAGGUUUCUUUGUUAACCUUAGAUUUUGUAAUAAAAAACUGCACCUUUACCAUUAAAAUUUUUGUUCUUCAAGGAAUGAGUGCAAGAAUCAAUUAGGAAAGAGCCUGCCAAAACUUUCAAUUGCAAGAAUAAAGUGUGUAUCCAAAGAAGGGAAGCUUUGGUGUAACUGGUAAAGUUGCUGCCAUGUGACCAGGAGAUCACAGGUUCUAGCCGUGGAAACAACCUCUUGCUGCAAUGCAGGGUAAGACUGCAUACAGUAAGCCCUUAUGGUCCAGCCCUUUCCCAGACCCCAUGCAUAGCGGGAGCUUAGUGCACCGGGCCGCCCGUUUCUUUUUAAGUAUGUACCCAAAAUGGCUUGAGAUAACUUUAUUGUGCUACCAAAGGAAAAUGAGAAGUAGCACAGCAGAAAGAUCUGA